AUGGAGGGCUUCUCACGACCGAGUUCCACGGAGCAAAAGACUAAAGUUGACGAGAAAGUGGAUUACUUAAAUCUGCCUUGCCCUUUACCCUAUGAGGAAUUCAGCCGUGAAGCUAUGAUGUCGUUAAAGCCAGAGCUAUUUGAGGGUUUCCGCUUCGACUACAACAAGCUGUUGAACCAGAAAUUUUUUCUCAGUCAUAGCGUAUCAAUGGGACCAACAGAGGUUCCUGUUCAGUCACCUGAGAUAAUCAAGAUUCCAACUGCUAACUAUGAAUUUGGUGCUAAUUACGUUGACCCAAAGUUGAUGCUUAUCGGAAGGGUGAUGAUGGAUGGUAACCUAAAUGCAAGAGUCAAGUGCGAUUUGACUGAUAAUUUGACCAUACUUGCUAAUGCUCAGCUGACAAAUGAAAAAGAUAUGUCCAAGGGCGUCUUCACCUGUGAUUACAAGGGGUCAGAUUACAGAACAAGGCUUCAGUUUGGAAAUGGUUCCCUCUUUAUAACUAACUAUAUUCAGCAUGUCACACCCAAGCUAUCUUUAGGUGGGGAGGUUUUCUGGAUUGGUCAGCAACGGCAAUCUGGUGUUGGUUAUGUAGCUCGUUACGAGACUGAUAAAAUGAUUGCCUCUGGGCAAGUUGCUUCCACUGGUGUGAUUAUUAUGAACUAUGUUCAAAAGGUUUCGGAGAAGGUCUCACUUGCCACGGAAUUCUUGUACAAUUGUUUGAAAAGAGAUGUUACAGCUAGUGUUGGGUAUGACUACGUUCUCAGACAGUGUCGGAUAAGAGGAAAGAUUGACUCUAAUGGUGUUAUUUCUACUUACAUCGAAGAACAAUUUCCUAUGGGGCUCCGUUUUCUUCUAUCCGCUGAGGUGGACCAUGUGAAGAAGGAUUACAAGUUUGGUUUCGGCGUUAACGUCGGCUGA